GUAGGGCUGGUUAGCCGUUAGCUGGAUGCGCAGCAGCAGAGUGCCGUCUGGCAGCUACUAAACCAUCGGACCAAUGCCUCAGAAAUCACCCUGGAUUUAUUUCACUUCGUUACGGAUGAACACUGGCGGCUAAUUUUAACAGCGCCUGCUCGGGAGAGUUAUUCGGAGCCGCGGAUGUUUCUUUCUGACGGUUUAUUUUUCAGCGGCUAACCGAAGCUAGCCCGUUAGCAGCUAACCCAUUAGCAGCGGCUGUGGAGCCUGGCCUCUGCAUGGCGGCAGCAGACUGACGGCAGCAGGAGUGAGCAGCCAAUCAGCCGAGGCCCCCUGGUAGCGCAGCAUGGCGUCCCGUCAGAGGAACUCGGUGCGGAUCCUGUCGAGCCGGGAGCGGGGGUCCCAGACGUUCGGCUCGCAGCGGCUCCUGCAGCUGCUGGUGGAGGAGAAGGUCCGCUGGAUGAAGUGGCAGAGUCAGAAAGUGGAGCUUCCAGACAGCCCUCGAUCAACGUUCCUGCUGGCCUUCAGCCCCGACAGGUCUUUAAUGGCCUCCACACACGUCAACCACAACAUUUACAUCACGGAGGUGAAGACUGGAAAGUGCCUACAUUCCUUAGUGGGCCACCGGAGAACCCCCUGGUGUGUGACGUUUCACCCCACCAUUCCUGGCUUGGUGGCCUCCGGGUGCCUUGAUGGGGAAGUCCGCAUAUGGGACCUGCAUGGCGGCAGCGAGAGCUGGUUCACAGAGAGCAACGUUGCCAUCGCCUCUCUGGCCUUCCACCCGACUGCUCAGCUCCUCCUGAUCGCCACCAACAACGAGCUGCACUUCUGGGACUGGAGCCGCCCGGAGCCCUUCGCCGUGGUCAAGACGGGCAGCGACACGGAAAGAGUCAGGUUGGUGAGAUUUGAUCCUCUGGGUCACAACCUGCUCACAGCGAUUGUGAAUCCGUCUAAUCAGCAGAACGAGGAGGACUCUGAGGUUCCCAUGGACAGCGUGGAGAUGCCUCACUUCCGCCAGCGCUCCUUCCUGCCCUCCCCGCCGGUUCGCCGCACGCCCAUCCUCCACAACUUCCUCCAUAUCCUGUCUUCGUCCCGCUCGCCGGGGCCUAACGUGGGAGGGGAGCCUCGGCAGCUGCGGCCUCCCGCCGACGGCCCCGGCGCGGCCGCCGAGGCUCCCAGCAUGCCCGGCGGCCCCUCCGUCCCCGGCUGCACCCAGCACCUGGGCAUGGUGUGCGUGUGCACCCGCUGCUCCGUCAGCCGCAAGCGCUGCCUGCCCUCCGGCGCUUCCACCUCGGCGCCGUCGGACCCCAGGGUGUCGUCGGAGACCCCCACGCUCUCCACGGCCUCCACCUUCUCCUCGGCGCGCACGGAGCCCCGGCAGCCGUCGGAGCGCGCCUCCGCCUUCACCUCCGUCUACUACAGCGCCGGCGCCUCCCUGAACCCCAUCAUGCCGAACAUCAUCGAGCCGCUGCCCGCGCCCAGGCCCGGGCCCGACUGGACCCGCAGCCUGCUCAACAUGAGGGACGGCGGGGGGGUGGGUCCCUCCAUGCUGCCCCCCCGGACCUCCUCCUCCUCCUCCGUCAGCCUCCUGUCGGUGCUCCGUCAGCAGGACGGCUCGUCGCAGUCGCCCCUCUACACCUCUGCCUCGGAGGGCCGGGGUUUCCCCCCGCAGGGCGAGUCCGGGACCCGGGACUCGGCCGGCACCAGCAGCGGGCACCACCCGUUCUGGGACGGCUCCCGGAGCUCCUCCGCCUCCUUCCGCAACGUCCUGCAGUGCAACCUGAGCCGCUACUUCCUGGAGAUCGACCGCAUCGACAUCGACCCGUCGCUGGGCGGCGGCGUGGCAGACGGGGGCCAGGAGCCGAGCCAGGAGCUGCUGAACAACAACAUGGACCCGGAGAGGCCGGGCCAGUCCUCCUCGUCCUCCUCUACCUCCCCGACCAUCAUCCACUACCAGCCGCCUCCCCCGCCGCCCCCCGCCUCCCACAGCUUGGAGAACAACGUCCCGCCCCCGGCCUCCCGGGGCCACCUGAACCGCUGCCGGGCCUGCCACAACCUGCUCACCUUCAACCAGGACUCUCAGCGCUGGGAGCGCACGCACCAGACCUCCUCCACCUCCUCCUCCUCCUCCUCCAUGGAGCCCUCCUCCUCUUCCUCCUCCUUCCCCUCGCCCGCCGCCUCUUGGCAGCCGGACGACAGCAGGAGAACGCUGGACGCCCAGACCCAGGAGAGGAGGGCGGCUCCGGAGCCCAGCGAGCAGCCGCCUCUCCCCGCGGGAGGAGCAGGAGGAGCAGUGGCCUUCCCGCUAGCGCCUCCUCCCAGCCAGGCCAGUGAGCAGACGGUGGGUUUGGUCUACAACCAGGACACGGCGCAGUGGGAGCGAGUGUACCGGCAGGCCACCGGCAGCCGGACCGCGGAGCCACCAGAGGCCUUAAGCCAAGAAAUGCCUGUCGACCCCCCCGACGAGGACUCGCUGAGGAGACAUCCUGCGCUAACAGUCCUCCAACGGUCUGUUCCCCACAGGCGGCUGCUGGAGUCGUCCCUGUUGUCGCUGUCGCGCUACGACAUGUCCGGCUCCAGAGACCAUCCCAUCUACCCGGACCCGGCCAGGCUCUCUCCUGCAGCGUACUACGCCCAGAGGAUGAUCCAGUAUCUGUCCAGACGGGACAGCAUUCGCCAGCGUUCCCUGCGCUACCAGCAGAACCACCGCAUGCGCACCAUGUCCACGUCCUCCGACAGCCCCGCCCCCAACCCGUCCAGCUCAAUGGACAGCAGCGACGUGGACUUUGAGGAGCUGGAUGAUACCGGCGAAAGAGCGAGACACAGGACGCCAAGGAACGCCAGGAUGUCUGCUCCCUCGCUGGGAAGGUUCGUCCCACGACGUUUCCUCCUGCCGGAGUACCUGCCGUACGCUGGGAUCUUCCACGAACGAGGGCAGCCCGGCCUGGCCACACACUCCUCUGUCAACAGAGUUCUUGCCGGAGCUUCCAUAGGAGAAGGUCAGUCUGCGGUCGCCAGCAACAUCGCCAACACCACGUACCGUCUGCAGUGGUGGGACUUCACCAAGUUUGACCUCCCGGAGAUCAGUAACGCCUCGGUCAACGUUCUGGUGCCCAACUGUAAAAUCUACAACGACGCCAGCUGUGACAUCUCUGCAGACGGCCAGCUGCUGGCAGUUUUCAUUCCCAGCAGUCAGCGGGGCUUCCCCGACGAGGGCAUCCUGGCCAUCUACUCUCUGGCUCCACCCAACCUGGGAGAGAUGCUCUACACCAAGAGAUUCGGUCCCAACGCCAUCUCCGUCAGCCUGUCUCCCAUGGGAUGCUACGUCAUGGUGGGCCUGGCCUCGCGGCGGAUCCUCCUGCAUCCCUCCACCGACCACAUGGUGGCGCAGGUGUUCCGCCUGCAGCAGCCGCAUGGAGGGGAGACGUCCAUGAGGAUGGUCUUUAACGUGGUUUACCCCAUGGCUCCGGACCAGAGGCGCCACGUCAGCAUCAACUCGGCCCGCUGGCUGCCGGACCCGGCCAUGGGUCUGGCCUACGGCACCAACAAGGGUGACCUGGUGAUCUGCCGGCCCGUGUUCUACAGAAGUGAUGGUGAGAGUCCUGCAGAGCCCAGCAGCGAGCCGUUGUUCUCCGUCAACAACAGUGGGACCAGCCGGACCCGAGGUGCUGACAGACCAGGGCCAAACCGCUCUGGCUGGAGGCUUGACAGAGACAUGGGACUGAUGAACGCCAUUGGGCUGCAGCCCCGAAACCCCGCCCCUUCGGUGACAUCACAGGGCACCCAAACGCCGAUCAUCCAGCUGCAGAACGCCGAGACCCAGACGGACCUGUCAGAGCCCAGCACCUCGCAGCAGCCUGCCGGUGCGAUCGCUGAAACGCCGUCUACGAGUCGAGCAGCUCAGGCGCCUCCAGAGUCGUCUGAGAGCAGCGGCGCUCAGGAUGGAGUCCAGACCGAAGCUUCUGCAGACUCCAGCGGUCCUGCAGCCGGUCCAGCUGAGUCCGGAGAGUUCGGCUCAGAGGACGCCCUGGCACGGAUCCGCCGGCUGAUCGCGGAGGGCGGCAUGACGGCCGUGGUCCAGAGGGAGCAGAGCACCACCAUGGCGUCCAUGGGCGGCUUCGGGAACAACAUCAUCGUCAGCCACCGCAUCCAUCGAGGCUCCCAGACGGGCCCCGGGGCCUCCAGGCCCCAAACGGACCCCCAGCCCUACCCGCUCCGCCCCCUGCAGGCGGCAGGCCCCUCCGAGCAGCUCUCGCCCAUGUGGGGCUCCCAGGUGCUGCGGGGGGGGCCCCAGCCCUCGGCCGUCUCUCUGGACAUGGACGACGUGUUUGACGGAAGACGAACCGACGACCCCCCGCCAGGUCCCUCCUCCUCCUCCUCCUCCUCUUCCUCCUCCUCAUCCUCUCACAACCCCCUCCCCGGCGACGGAGACAAGCCCAACAGUUACCCCGGCAACCCGUACAGCAGGUAGUCGUCUGAUUGGCCGAGAGAAGCAGAGUCCGGUUUGCUGCUCUGAGCCUUCGCUCUCACAGAACCAGGUGCUGCUCGGCUCCGCGUCGCCCCGCCUCACCGCGUCGCCCCUGAACCCAGAGACCUGGGCG